UAACCAUGGACUUGAAUCAAUCUAUGGAGUUCACACCUUCUGCAACCUCUUCUCCUCAAAUUCAUAACUUCAUGCCAAUGACUUCUUUCAUGUUACCAUUUCACCAGCCUUCCAAUGAGGACGGUGAAGAAGUGAAGCAAUCACAUCUUCUGGUCCAGAAACGCAGUCUAGAGUUGUUUUGGUACCAACAAAUGUUGGAGAUUCAUAACAUUUCAGGUCCCUUAAUAAUUUUCCUUUCUCUUUUCAUCUGUUAUUUUGCUUUAUUACUGAUUGUUGUGUGCCUGUUUGCUUUUAUACUGAAUUAAAGCUUUCAAGAGCUACCAUCAGCUACCUCUGGCAAGGAUCAAGAGGAUUAUGAAAUCUAAUAAAGAUAUGAUCAGUGCAGACACUCCUAUCUUGUUCUCCAAGGCCUGUGAGCUCUUCAUUCUAGAGCUCACCCUUCGUGCAUGGCUGCAUACUGAAGAAGGCAAACGCCGAACCCUACAGGGCUGUGACGUUUCCAAGGCGAUAAGGCAAGAGGAGGCACUCCAUUUCUUAUUUGAUGUCGUCCCGUUGAUUAACCACAAGGAUGAUGAUGGGAAAUUUCUCGAGGAAAAUGAGCAUCAUCCUGUUAACCAACCGCAGUUUCCUCUGUUGGACAUGAAUGCUGAGCUGGUUAUUAGGAGUAGAUGAUUAAACCUCCUAUGUCCUCUCAUGAGUUCGAUUAAGUGAAUGAAGCUGGCUGAUUACAAAAAUUGCAAUCGUAUGUGGAAUAUGAAGAAGCAGCCUUAGUAAAAGAAAAAUGAAAUCCAUUCAUAUAGAUUGUCUUAUCUAUCUUAUAAUAAUAAAUUAAUAUAUAUUUCAACUUGGCAUCUUCA